CAAAAGCGCCAUCUUGCGAGAGGUUAAAAACAAACUGAACGCGGUCCUCUCGCAAUUUCACUCGUCGGAAUAAACCUCUCUGAAAACAUUUGCUCCUUGAGUGAAAAUGGAAGCAGUAGAAAAAAUAGAUAUGUCACUUGAUGACAUUAUCAAGCUAAAUAAGAAACAAGGCAGGGGAGGAUCGAACAGGGGAGGGAGGGGUGGAAACCGAGGAGGAAGAGGUCAAGCACAAAGAGGUCAGGGAAGGAGGGGUCAAGGUCAAAGAGGAGGAAGAGGACAAGGGCAAGGAAGUAGAGGAGGAUUUUCCAACAGAGGAGGAGCAAGAAGGGGAAAUGUUAACAGAGGAGGCACAGGGAGAGGGAGAGGACAGGGGUCAGGGAGAGGGGGUGGGGGCAUGAGGGGGUCCCGUGGAGGGAACUCAGUAGUUGAUAGAGUCAAAGGAAAGGGUCCGAACAAGUACAAGCAGCUGAGGACCAACCUCAUGAGGAAGAAACAGUCCCGGGGAGGAAUGGGGGUUAGUCCCCUAAACAGAGUCAAUUCUAACCAGAACAGAGGUGCUUCAAAUCUUGGACAGAACAGAGGAGCUUCAAAUUUGGGACAGAUAAAAUCCCAGGCAUUAAGUGCUCUUAGACAGGCUAAGCUUACUCUAGCCAAAAUCUCUGCUCGAGAAAAAAGAGAUAACAUUGUUAACCAGAGGAGAGGUAUUCAGAUGGAUAGCCAGAGUCCCAGAAGAGGACGAGGAGGAGGCAGAGGGGGACGCGGCCGGGGAAUGGGUAGAGGCAGGGGCCAGGGUGGAGGGGGUAACAGACAGCGCGGGGGUAAUCUACAAGGUGGCAAACGGGGGUGGAGGCAGCCCAGACAGCAGUCCUCAGUGGACGACAGCGGCAUCAUCACAGUCAGUGUGGAGAACUCACGGCAGCAAACCAAUAACUCACGGCAGCAAAAUAGGCCCAGAAUUAACAGAAACAACCUUGGUACACAAAAUAUCAGAGAAGAAAUGCUUAACCUAAAACCUUCAGCAAGACAGAGGUACCGGAUGAACAAAGAAAUAUUUGCCAGAAAUACAACUGAUAUUAGUCUCAGCGACCGUUUUGCCUCAGGAGUCAGUGCAGAAUCCAGUGGAGUCGGAGAUGGAAGAAGAAUUUUCCUCUAGAUAAGCAGUGUUCGUGUAGAUAGCCAGUAGGCUGAAUAUCAGACAACAUCUCAUGUACCUUCAGUUUACAAGUGGGUCUGUCAGUAAUGCAAUACUGCAAUAAGACAAAUGCUGAUAACUCACCUUGUGACAAGGUGCUUUAUAAACAACUCCUGUCAUUUAGUUGAAGGUUGUUUUUUCUCAUGCUUCACUUAUUAUACAUGGAUCUUUAAUUUUAAUUUUUUUUUUUUUUUUAAUAUUUUUGAGUCAUGACACACAUU